AAGGGUAGACAGAAAAGAAAGGAGAGAGAAAGAGAGAGAAGAGAAAAACAAGAGCUGGAAUCACAUGGACUUGUCUUUCUCUUGCUGGGUCCUCCAUUUCCCUCUUACUUUCUCUUCCACCUUCUCCCUCUUCUUCACCCUUCCCUAGUUUCUUCCUCUUCUCUCUCUCUCCCUCCUUUCUCCCUCAUGGCUGAGGAUAAGGAGAUGUCUACUUCUGUUAUCAAUGGGAAUGAUUCUCUAACUGGUCAAAUAAUAUCUACAACAAUUGGCGGUAAAAAUGGGGAACCAAAACAGACUAUUAGUUACAUGGCAGAGCGUGUCGUCGGAACUGGAUCAUUUGGAAUUGUUUUCCAGGCAAAAUGCUUGGAAACCGGAGAGGCAGUGGCCAUUAAGAAGGUUUUACAAGACCGAAGAUAUAAGAACCGUGAACUACAGUUGAUGCGUGUGAUGGAUCAUCCUAAUGUGGUCACUCUGAAGCAUUGUUUCUUUUCAACUACAAGUACAGAUGAACUUUUUCUUAAUUUGGUGAUGGAAUAUGUUCCAGAGUCCAUGUAUCGGGUCUUAAAGCAUUAUAACAACGCUAAUCAAAGAAUACCAAUCAUCUAUGUAAAACUUUAUAUGUACCAGAUCUUUAGGGGGUUGGCUUAUAUCCACACUGUUCCUGGAGUUUGCCACAGGGAUUUGAAGCCUCAAAAUAUACUGGUUGAUCCCCUUUCACAUCAAGUUAAGUUAUGUGAUUUCGGAAGUGCAAAAAUGCUGGUCAAGGGCGAAGCUAAUAUAUCGUACAUAUGUUCACGAUUCUACCGAGCUCCAGAGCUCAUAUUUGGUGCGACAGAGUAUACUACUUCAAUUGACAUUUGGUCAGGUGGCUGUGUCCUAGCUGAACUGCUUUUGGGCCAGCCAUUAUUCCCUGGUGAAAAUGCGGUGGACCAGCUCGUACAUAUUAUAAAGGUGCUUGGAACACCCACCCGGGAGGAAGUUCGAUGCAUGAAUCCCAAUUACAAUGACUUUAGGUUUCCACAAAUAAAAGCACACCCAUGGCACAAGAUCUUCCACAAAAAGAUGCCCCCAGAAGCUAUCGAUCUUGCUUCUCGGCUUUUGCAGUACUCUCCAAGUCUUCGUUGCACUGCGCUUGAAGCUUGUGCACAUCCUUUCUUCGAUGAUCUUCGAGAGCCCAAUGCCCGCCUGCCUAAUGGUCGCCCAUUUCCUCCUCUUUUCAACUUCAAACAGGAAUUAUCAGGAGCAUCACCCGAGCUUGUCAAUAAGUUGAUACCCGACCACAUAAAGCGGCAAAUAGGUCUACAAUUUGUUCAAUCAACCGGAUCAUGAUGAUACAAGCACAGGAGGAGGCAAAGUGUAUACUAGUCGAUACAUUAAAACAAAAGUGGCACCAUUAUUUUUGUCUAAGUUAUCAUGUUCUGUGGCCUGGCCAGUGUAGUGUCACGCUGAACCCGGACCGGGUGGCUGCAGUUGAUCCCUCAGUAUAUGUGUAUACCUUUUGACUAUAUCUUGCAAAAGAAUAGCUUUUUUUCCUUGAAUGUUUAUUGUAAAAUGUCUACAUGAUGUCAUGGUAUAGUUGGCCUAAAUUGGUCAGAAAAUGCUUUUGUGAGAGGAAAACCAAACAAACCCUUAUAGCUGGAUGGUGGGUCCCAUGAAAACAAAGAUGGGUAGUUUUGAUGGUAUUGAUGAUGGGCUAUGUUGGUUGUUGGGUUUGGUUUUCUUAACUCUUAUCAUGUUAAUAUGUGCUUGAUUUUAUUGCAAUGUUGCAGACCAGUUACUUUCCUUGUCAAAUGUAAUAUGAUAUACCUUUCUCUUAAA